ACUCCUAACAAUCCAGCUCUAAUGCCCUUGGACAAUCCUCUUUAUUCCUCUCCCCCAAACAAAGUGCCCUUCCCUUCCUCUCUCUCCAAUGAGCUUCUGCAAAGCCCCAGAGGUCCCCAACUCACUGUAGCAUCACAAGUGGCUCCAUCAAUUUUCCUGCUCCCCUUGCUGGGAGGAUCAUGCCCCUGUUCUCCUGCCUCCACAGCUGUGGCUCACAUCCAGCAUCCUGCACCCCCAACAGCUGGCUCCACAGCUGGCCUCCAUCCCAGCCACUGCCCUGCCUUCCCUGCCCUACCUGCCAGGAAGUGGGGGGGAGAAGGAGGGAAGAAGGGAACUGGAACUAUCUUCUCAGAAAUUGAUCUCCAAAACUCAGAUGAAGAAUGACCUCUGCUUAAUCUGGAUUUUGAGAUCACCGAGCUGAACUUCUGGGGUAUGGCCGCCUGAACAGAUACUUCCAUCAGAUAAUAGGAAACAUUGUGUUUUCUUAAUAUGAACCACUCCACCAUACAGAAUAUUUUCUAGGGUAAGCAGAGAAACAGCAAGCAAAAAGAGGAUUGAAAACCUGUUACUAUCUUGUUUUGUUGCAAUGGUAUGAACUACCUGUCUUCUCAUCAUUACAGACAGCAGUUGCUUAAGGAUGCUCAGAAAAUGAGUGCGUAAUGUAAAAAGAAAGAUAAAUAGUUACCAAUAUUUAUUUAAAAGUAAUACAGUGCAAUAGUUCCCCCUACUGACAGCACAGAAUCACAUUACUAAUCAAGGUUGUUUCCUGGGUGGUCCUCAAAUUACUAAUUCACUGUCCUGACGUGGUCCACAUCAGCUAACCAGCCUCCUAUGCUUGCUGAACCCUAAAUGACAGAAGGCAGGUCUGAGCAGAGACCGAGUCUUAAGCUGCACCAGGGUAUGUUCAGGUUGAACAUCAGGAAGACUUUUUUCAUGGAAAGGGUGGCUAAGCAUUGGAAUAGACUGCCCAGGGAAGCGGUGGAGCCACCAUACCCGGAGGUGUUGAAUAAACACAUUGACUGUUACGUUGAUAUGGUGAUGCUUAGCCAAAUGUUAGACUCGAUGUUCUUGGAGGUGUGGUCCAACCUCUAUGAUUCUAAGUCACAAGAGUUUGGGGAGUUCAUUCCGCCGCCCAACUCGUCCAAGAACUGCCCUUUGCCUUUUCACUGCCCUUCCCUGAGCAGAGCUCGGGCCGUGGGGACACCGGUACCUCCACGGCUUUGGGGGAGCAGCGGAAUGCUGAGUCCCCAGGGAUGCCAUCGGUCCCCCAGCGCGGCGGGACCCAGCCCUCUGCCCCGACAGCACGAACGCGAAAGAUUUCGGUAUUUUUCAGCUUCCUGAAGGCAAGCAGCUUCCUCCAGGCCCUGAGCUGUGCCCAGGUCCCUGUCGCGACUGGGGCUGCUGCCAGAGGCAGCCGGCAGGGCCGUGCCGGGCCCCGCGGGGCUGACGCACAGGAAGGCGCCGCUGCCGCGGGCCGGGGGCGGGCACGGCCGCUUAAAGCCCGCAGGGAGCGACAGGGGGACGGCGGCAGCGGCGGCGGAGCUCGGCCCGACCCGACCCCACCCGGCACAGUAUGUCCCAAUGGAGUCAAGUUCAACAACUGGAAAUAAAGUUUUUGGAGCAGGUGGACCAGUUCUAUGAUGAUAACUUCCCCAUGGAAAUCCGGCACCUGCUAGCACAAUGGAUAGAAAGCCAGGACUGGGAGGCUGCAGCCAACAAUGAAGCAAUGGCAAUGAUCCUUUUGCAGAAUUUGAUAAUACAGGUGGAUGAACAGCUGGAGCGGGUUUCGCAGGAGAAGAAUCUGCUCCUGAUCCACAACCUGAAAAGAGUCAGGAAGCUGCUGCAGGGCAAAUAUCAUGGUAAUCCCAUGCAUAUAGCAGUGAUCAUCUCAAACUGCUUAAGAGAAGAAAGAAGAAUAUUGGCUGCAGCCAGCAUGCCUGUACAGGGGCCACUGGAAAAGUCUCUACAGAGUUCUGUGGUUUCAGAACGUCAAAGAAAUGUAGAACACAAAGUGUCAGCAAUCAAGAACAGUGCUCAGAUGACUGACCAAGAUGUGAAAUACUUGGAAGACUUGCAAGAGGAAUUUGACUUCAGGUACAAAACAAUACAGAGCUUAGAGCAGAAUGACAAAAACAGCACCCUCAUUAAACAGGAAAUGUUGGCGUUGCAGGCAAUGCUCAACACUUUAGACUACAAGAGAAAGGAAGUGCUCAGUAAAAUAGGGCGUGUGAUCCAUGAGAUCGAUGUGCUGAUGAGCAACAUGCUGACCGAGGAGCUGCUGGACUGGAAGAGGCGGCAGCAGAUCGCCUGCAUCGGGGGGCCCCUCCACGGGGGGCUCGACCAGCUCCAGAACUGCUUUACACUGUUGGCAGAGAGUCUCUUUCAAGUCAGAAGGCAACUAGAAAAGCUGGAUGAACUCUUGACCAGGCUGACUUAUGAUGGGGACCCCAUUCCUGUGCAAAGACCUCAGCUGCUGGAAAAAGUCAACUUUCUGCUCUACAACCUUUUCCGGAACUCCUUUGUGGUUGAAAGGCAGCCCUGCAUGCCAACACAUCCCCAGAGGCCAAUGGUUCUCAAAACUUUAAUCCAGUUCACUGUUAAAUUAAGGUUGCUAAUUAAAUUGCCAGAGCUGAACUACCAGAUCAGAGUGAAAGCAACUAUUGACAAGAAUGUUUCAACUGUAAGUAACCGUAGAUUUGUUCUGUGUGGAACACAUGUGAAAGCCAUGAACAUGGAUGAGUCUGCAAAUGGGAGCUUGUCAGUAGAAUUUCGACAUUUGCAACCCAAAGAAAUGAAAACAAGUGCUGGGAGCAAAGGAAAUGAGGGCCCUCACAUGGUGACCGAGGAGCUGCACUCCAUCAGCUUUGAGACACAGGUCUGCCUGUAUGGACUGACCAUCAAUUUGGAAACCAGCUCUUUGCCUGUGGUGAUGAUUUCCAAUGUCAGCCAGCUGCCCAACGCAUGGGCCUCCAUUAUUUGGUACAACCUGUCAACCAAUGAUCCUCAGAAUUUGUCUUUCUUCAACAACCCCCCUGCUGCCACUUUGAGCCAGCUCUUAGAAGUACUGAGCUGGCAAUUCUCAUCAUAUGUUGGUCGUGGACUCAAUUCUGAACAGCUCAACAUGCUGGCAGAGAAACUUAUGGGACAGCAAGUCAGUUACAAUGAUUAUCAGCUAUCCUGGGCAAAGUUCUGCAAGGAACAUUUGCCUGGGAAGUCCUUUACCUUUUGGGUUUGGCUUGAAGCAAUCCUAGACUUGAUUAAAAAACACAUUCUUCCUCUUUGGAUUGAUGGGUACAUAAUGGGAUUUGUAAGCAAAGAAAAGGAACGAAUUCUGCUGAAAGACAAGACACCAGGAACAUUCUUAUUAAGGUUUAGUGAGAGCAAUCUGGGAGGAAUUACCUUUACUUGGGUGGAUCAGCUAGAAAAUGGAGAUGUAACAUUCCAUUCGGUGGAACCCUACAACAAAGGUCGCUUAUCUGCCCUGCCGUUUGCCGACAUACUGCGCGACUACAAAGUCAUCAUGGCAGACAAUGUUCCUGAAAACCCCCUGAAGUACCUGUACCCAGAUAUCCCCAAAGAUAAAGCCUUUGGCAAACACUACAGCUGUCAGCCAAACGAAGUCUCAAAGCCCUCGGAUGGAGGAGGGAAAGGUUAUGUUCCUUCUGUAUUUAUUCCAGUCUCCAAAAUCUUAAAUGACUCUACAGAACCACAUUCUCCAUCAGAUCUUCUUCCAAUGUCUCCAAGUGUUUAUGCUGUGCUGAGAGAACACCUGAGUCCCACAGCCAUUGAAAGUGCUCUGAGUUCUCCUUACUCGACUGACUGAAGUGCACAAACUGGAAAAAUCAGUAAUUGUGUGAACACUGGAUGGGUUAAAGAAGUCUUUUUUAUUUUUUCCUGUCACCUUGAAAGUCAGCUUUUCUGGAAACCAUUACAAUAUUCUUAGGCCUCUUUCAACAACACAUAAACAUAGAAUUUUCUCCCUAGGGAUUCAAACAGCCUUUUUUAAGUCAGAUUUGCUGUUGUCACUGAAAAAAAGACCAAAUCCUUUCUGGCUUAGGAGUCUUUUGACUUCAGUGGGGUCCCAGCAGAGAUAAAUUUUACUUGCUAAUUUAACUAACUUCCAUAGAAUUGCUGUAAAUAUGAGAGCAUAAGAACAAAAUGUUUUGCUUCUGAAGACAGCAUAUAAAGAUAACUCAAGCCAUGUUUGGAGAAAUUAGGAUUUAUGAUGUUAAAUACUUUCUGCUUAUUCAUAAUCUUAUACACCACGAUUCAGAUACUAUUUCAAAGCAAAGAUUCUUGUUCCCCUGACUUUGAAUGUUCCAGAGGUAUCUGGGGAUUGCUUUCCUCCAAAGAUGAAUUGCCUUCAACAUGGAUUUUUAUCUGACACCACAGCAGAAGUUGUGGAAGGCAGGUAGGCAAGGCUGGGGACAGAAGGGAGUUCCAGAAAGGAAGCAGAUACAAAACUUGUGGUGUUAAAAAGGCUGUCUCUAUUUCUCCACUGGAAGAGAGAGUUAGUAAAACUUCCCCUCUCACAAAAUAGUUGCAGAAGUAAAUCUGUUUGGGCAGGAGGCACUCAGAUACCCCAGCAAGUACUGUCAGAAAGUAUACCAAUUUAAAAAAACCCAAUCUGACACAGUUUGGAUGCUAACUGGUCAAUGGCAACAGGGAAGCAGUUUUUAAAAACAGUUACAGAAGAGCUGCAGCAUUUGCUGACCACCUGGAAACUUUUGCUGUGUGACAGGAUGUUACAUGCCUGUCACAGGCUCACUUAAUAAACAGGACAACUAGUUUGUGUAAAAACAGUAAAUUGCCCUCUUUAAAUACUCUUUUUUUUCUUUCAGCUAUGUUUACUGCUGAGUUUGGGUUGUUUGGUUUUGUUGUUUUGGUUUUAUUUCCCCCAGUGUUAUCCCUAAAAUCUCUGUUAAUAGAAUAAUAAACAGGCAGCUCCAAGGCCACUGUAUUUCACAAAUGCAGGUUCAACCAAAAGCUUUGCCCACAGAACACAUGGUUAAUGCAUGCAAAGCUCUUAAAACACAAACCCUUGAACAUUUGCACCUUACAGCUUUCUCAAGCAGGUAUAAAUGAAACUUCUGGGAUGAAAACAUAACCUCCUUGAAUCAGUAAGACAUAGAUUUUACUUUCAUUUCUCUUUUCACCCAUGCUAUUUAGGUUAGUUGAAAGUGAGUGAGCAGAAACAAUGAGAUAUUUUUGUGAUACAUGGAAGUAAAUUUCAAAGAAACAAGCACAUCUCUGUUCAUUACACUGAGUGAUUGAAAGCAAGCUGCACGUAAGUUCAGCAAGCAUCACAUAUAAAAUAAAAAACAAGAGCAAUUGUGUAUAUAGCUUGGUAAUAUCUGUAAUUUAUAUAACCAGCAUGAAUAAAAUCCGAUUUUGGCUUCAAGCUGCACACCCAGACUCUGUGGAUUUUUUCCAAGGCACAACAAAAACAGUCUUGCUGCCUUUUGGUUGAUCUUAAACUGAGCUACAGACAGUAACACAGAAUUCUAAAGCAGGAAACAUGACCUCCCCGACAUCAGCCUUUUCAUUCUAUCCUCUUCUCACAAUCUUAAUACAAACAAAAUGGGGGAUACCUUUUAUU